AGUUAAUCUGAGACUCUGAUCACCUCACGUGUUUCCGGUCCGGAUGGUUUGUAGAUCAGCGCUCCAUGGUCUACUGGAUCCGCUGCGUCACUUCCUGUCCUCAGUGGAAACAUGGCGUUGGUUUUAAGGUCACUGGCCCGGCAGGGGCUGUGUUCCUCACGGACGCAGUUCAGCGUGUUCUACAGGCAUGCUGUUCCCAUGGGAACUUCAGCGCAAGAGGAAAUGAACAAAUUCUGGGCCAAAAAUACUCGACUCAACAGACCUAUGUCUCCCCAUAUAAGCAUCUAUAGGUGGUCAAUCCCCAUGGCGAUGUCAAUCACUCACAGAGGAACAGGAGUUGCUCUCAGUGGAGGUAUUUCUGUGUUUGCCGUGGCUGCGCUGGUGUUGCCGGGCAGUUUUCCCCAUUACCUGGACCUGAUCCACUCCCUGUCCUUUGGUCCAGCUCUUAUCACUCUGUCCAAAUUUGCCCUGUCCUUCCCAGUGGCUUAUCACACUUUUAAUGGCAUCCGUCACCUGGUAUGGGAUGCAGGAAAAGGCUUAAAGAUUCCAGAGGUCUAUGGCUCUGGCUACACAGUCAUCGCUCUGACCCUCCUCACCUCUCUGGCCCUGACUGCACUCUAAACACGGCGGAGAGGAGGAGAGCAGAACAACAGAAGGAGAGAGAAGUUCGUUGUUUGUUAUUGUUUUGUGUCCCGUCUUCACGAUGGUCUUUGUGACUCUCAUGAAUAAAGUAAAUUAAGAAUUCUA